AUGGCGAAGAAGAAGCCGAACAGCUCUGCGUCAAACCAUGAGAGCAAUGAAACUACCAGAUCAGAGAGCAACAAUGGCGUUGAGAAGAUGAAGAGGACGAGGAAAAACGUGCCGAGAGAAACUCCCUCUAAGAGAAGUUCAGUUUACCGCGGUGUAACCAGGCACAGGUGGACUGGAAGAUACGAAGCUCAUCUCUGGGAUAAGAACUGCUGGAAUGAAUCCCAAAACAAGAAAGGAAGACAGGUUUAUCUUGGAGCAUAUGAUGAUGAAGCAGCAGCAGCAAGAGCUUAUGAUUUAGCUGCAUUGAAGUACUGGGGCCAAGAGACCACCCUGAAUUUUCCUCUGCUAAACUAUCAAGAAGAGCUGAAAGCAAUGGCAGGCCAAUCCAAGGAAGAGUAUAUUGGAUCUCUGAGAAGGAAGAGCAGUGGAUUCUCAAGAGGAGUGUCUAAAUAUAGAGGAGUAGCAAGGCAUCAUCAUAAUGGAAGAUGGGAAGCUCGAAUUGGUCGUGUAUUUGGCAACAAAUAUUUAUAUCUUGGGACUUACGCGACGCAAGAAGAGGCAGCAGCUGCGUAUGAUAUGGCAGCAAUUGAAUAUCGCGGUCUUAGUGCGGUGACUAAUUUUGAUCUUAGUCGCUAUGUCGACUUUCUUCGUCCCAACUCAGAAGGAAACAAAAGCUCAAAUUAUGAAACAAACUUGAGCAUCCACAAACAAGAAAAACAAGAAGAACAACAAGAUCAAGCAACAUCAUCUUCCACAGACCUUGGCUUCCUACUUCAAUCAUCAAAAUUCGAGGACAUGCUCAAGAGAACGAUAACGACCGAACCACCAGCUUCUCCGCCUGAAUCUGAAGACAAACCAUCAUCUCGAUGUAGCUUUCCCGAUGACAUACAAACUUACUUCGAGUGCAAUGACGAUGGAAGCUUUGUUGAGGGAGAUGAUACAAUAUUUGGAGAGAUCAAUGCAUUUGAAGCUCCUAUUUUCCCAUGUGAGCUUGAUUUAUGA